UAUUCGCGUCUCCUGGUGCGCAGUGAGAGGGUGAGAGGCGCGAUGGCCUGCAGCGGGACUCAGCCGCACUUCACUCAUCCCCGACUCCUUGCCCGACUUUUCACUAAACACUAGCUGGUUCCGCUCACAUCUGGUCUCGAGUCCACGCCUGAGAAAGUGUGUGCAAGAAUGAACUGACCGACUAAUUUCAAAACAGUUUGGUUAGAAAUCGUGAAGCAUGGGUGACUGGAGCUUUCUAGGGCGACUGUUGGAAAAUGCACAAGAACACUCGACGGUGAUCGGCAAAGUCUGGCUGACUGUCCUCUUCAUCUUUAGGAUCCUGGUGCUGGGAACAGCCGCAGAGGAAGUCUGGGGUGAUGAACAGUCGGACUUUACCUGCAACACACAGCAGCCUGGUUGUGAAAACGUUUGCUAUGACGAGGCUUUUCCCAUUUCACAUAUCCGUUACUGGGUGCUGCAGAUCAUCUUUGUGUCCACGCCAACACUCAUUUACCUGGGUCACAUACUGCACAUCAUCCGUAUGGAAGAUAAGCACAAAGAGAAGGAGGAGGAGCUGCAAAAGGCCCAGGAGGAGAAAGAACUCCAGUACAGAAAUGGGGAGAGUGUCAGAGGAGGCGGAAAAAAGGAGAAACCAUCGAUUAGAGAUGAGCAUGGCAAAAUUCGCAUCAGGGGUGCCUUGUUGCGCACAUACGUGUUCAACAUCAUUUUCAAGACACUCUUUGAGGUGGGUUUCAUUUUAGGCCAGUAUUUUCUCUAUGGUUUCCAGCUCAGGCCACUGUAUAAGUGUGCACGGUGGCCCUGCCCCAACACUGUUGACUGCUUCCUGUCCAGACCCACAGAGAAGACCAUCUUCAUCCUGUUCAUGCUUGUGGUGGCUUGCGUGUCUCUUGUGCUGAAUUUACUAGAGAUUUACCACCUAGGAUGGAAAAAAAUCAAACAGGGUGUGACCAGUGGAUCCAUCCCUGAGCAAAAGUCACUAGCCCUUAGUGACACAGCGGACAGUGGAGCAAUUCCUGCAACUUCCAGGACUGACCCUGCAACCCUUAGCUAUCCUCCCAAAUACACCAAGUUAGCAACAGGGAGCACAACAUUUCUGCAGCCAGGGUCAGUUCCUGUAACAACAAAUUUCAAGAUUGAUCCUCUAAAUGAGGAGCCAACCUCUUUCUACAUCAGCAGCAACAAUCACAGGCUGGCUGCUGAGCAGAACUGGGCCAAUCUGGCCACUGAACAGCAAACUAUGGAAAAGAAGGCCAUUACUCCAUCUACUUCCUCCUCUUCUGCCUCUUCCUGUGAUAACGAGCAGUGCCCCAGAGAUGCUGUUCCCACUACCAGCAUUCCCAACUCAAGUGGUUGCAUUUUGAGUAGUGGGAAGUGCGAGCCAGAGGAGAGUCACGCCACCACUACGGUGGAGAUGCACGAGCCACCUAGCUUGUUUACUGACCUCCGGUGCAUGAGCAGAGCAAGCAAAUCAAGCAGUGUAAGAGCAAGGCACAAUGAUCUGGCUGUCUAGUAACUUUCAUUGCACAACUUCAAUUUUAAUAUAUACACGCUAGGCAAUGCAAAAACUUAAUGUGAAAAUAUAAAUGAGAGUCAGGAUGCUGCAUGUUAUCUUGGGGGAUUACAAAAACACAAAACAUUGACAGCGGUGUUGAUACAUAGCACUUGAAUGGUGUCCAAAGUUAUGUGACAGUUCAGUGAUAUGAUAAAAGAGAACUUAUUCAGUUCACAGUUUAGGUAUUUAUAAAAUUAUUUCAGUAUUGAACAUUGACCACUUUCUCAUUAAUGGAAUUAUUCAAUCAUCCAAUCAUGUGGCAACAGAGGAAGAGAAUCAGUUACCCUUCACAUUAAAAUGGGGAGAUAAUGUGACCUCAGUGACUUUGACCAAGGCAUUAUAGUACAUGCUAGACAACCUGGUUUGAAAGUUUUUGGGAACUGCCUGAUUGUCUGGGAUUUGUAUGAGCGAGAGUCUCUGGAGUAACACACGAUGGUGUGAAAAACAAAAAACAUCCAGCGAGUUGCAGGUUGAUGAGAGAGAAUGAUUUGAGACAGAAGACUACAUUUGUUUCCCCUCCUAUCACCCAAGAACAUGUAUCUGAGGUUACGG